AUGGGGAUAGGCAAGAAUGAUGAAGAACAUUUUCUUCUCGAUGUGUUUCUUAAUCAUCGUAUCAAGAAACUUUGUAGAUUGUUUUCUACAUCUUCUGGAUGGACGAAGAGCUUGGAGUCAAUCAUGGCUUUUCUUGAGAACACAGAGUCUAAGUAUGAGCAACAUGUUCAUGAAUUAGAAGAAACUGAGAGGAUCAAGAAAGAAGCUGAAACAAAGAAGAAAGAAGAAGCUAAAAAGAAGAAAGAGGAAGCUAAAAAGAAAAAGAAAGAAGAGGCUGAAAAGACGAAAGAAGAAGCUGGAAGUAACAAGGAAGAAGAAGCUGUAAAAGUUCCUACAUUUGGAGAGUAUGUAAAGAAGAAGUUUAACUGCUUAAGUGAAGAAGUGGAGAAAGAUAUGGUUGAUUUGUGCACGCAUCUUCCCAAGCGUUUCAUUUCAUUCGAAGUUGUGAAGAAAAUGGUCGCAGCCCGGCAAGCUUUUCAUCGUGUGAAAUGUUUCUUGCAAGACAAUUCUUCCAGAGAUGAUUUCAAGAAGGGAAGUUUCAGAUAUGAUUGCUUCAAGAGAUUCAUCAGUGUUGAUUGCCUUCAAGCUCUAGGUUUGCUUCCAAAACGUUUCGAGGUUCCAUCGGAACACAAAGAUAUAAGGAAGUUUUGUCUACAAAAUGCGCAUAUAAUCAUCUGUACAGCUUCAGGUGCUGCAGUACUGAAUGAGGAACAAACAGGAUCGAUAGAGCUUCUUCUGAUCGACGAGGCGGCUCAGCUUAAAGAAUGUGAAUCAGUCGCUGCACUACAACUUCCUAGCUUGCGUCACACUGUUCUUAUAGGAGAUGAGUUUCAGUUACCAGCAAUGGUUCAUAAUGAUGAAUGUCAAAAGGCGAAAUUUGGAAGAAGCCUAUUUGAGAGAUUGGUUCUUCUCGGUCAUAAGAAACAUUUGCUUAAUGUUCAAUACAGAAUGCAUCCUGCGAUUAGUAGAUUCCCUAAUAGGGAGUUUUACGGAGGGAGAAUCAGAGAUGCUGAGAUUGUUCAAGAACGCAAUUACCAAAAAAGGUUUCUUCAUGGGAACAUGUUUGGUUCUUUCUCGUUUAUCAAUGUUGGUUUUGGGAAAGAAGAGUUUGGUGAUGGACAUAGCCCCAAGAACAUGGUUGAAGUUGCUGUCAUUUCCGAAAUCAUAUCCAAUCUUUUCAAAGAUCCGCCACCUCUCUCUCUCGAAAUCUACUCCUUCUCUCAAAAUCUCACCAGAUCUACGCUCUCCAAAGACAGAUCUAGAGAUCGGAUAAACAACAACGGAGGCCACAACACAGCAAACGACCCUGCGAAGCUAAAAGUCUCACCUGAGACUGCUCAAGACUUCCACUUGGAAGGUCUUACGAAAGUUCAGUCUCCAAUGGCGAACUACAAAGGAAAAAACAUAGUUAUGGAGGACGACGAUGAACCGAUUCAGCUACCAGAGCAAGACAAUCUCAAUCUCAUCCAGGAGUAUGGAUUGUCGCUCAUUGGAAGGGUUCUAAAUCCCAAGAAACAAGAUGUCGAAAAGCUGAUUGGCUUUAUGCCUCAACAUUGGGGCUUAGAAGACAGAAUCACCGCCAUGGAUCUGGGUAAAGGAACUUUCCUUUUCAACUUUGAAACAGAGGAGGACUUACAGACAGUCCUAGAGCUAGGACCGUUCCACUACAAUUUUUGGAUGUUUGUCCUAGUCCGAUGGGAACCUAUAGUUCAUGAUGAUUACCCAUGGGAGAUGACCUUCUGGACACAGCUCUCGGGUAUUCCACUACAUCUAUGGACCGAGACCAACCUCAGGAGCAUUGGAGACAAGCUGGGGCACAUCCAUGAAGUCAAUGUGGAUGAAGGCAAACUACUACUCUCCAUUGACAGUAGAAAGCCCCUGAAAUUCACAAGAAAGAUCCGAUGCCAUAACGGAGACGAAGCUACAAUACAGAUCAAGUACGACAGGCUGUUCAAAUUCUGCUCACAUUGUGGAUUCAUGACACAUGAGGUCCAGUCUUGUCCUAUUAAGGAAGAAGAAAUCAAUGCUCAGAGACAGUCUACCCGCCAAGGAAUUUUCUCUCGACUUCAAGCUGGACCGAGCCAGACCAAUACACACAGCGAACGCCAUCUGGAACGUCAAGAAGAACGCCACAGUGAACGCAACAAAGGAACGCCAAGGUCAAGCUACAAUGAAGAGGAACGAAUCCCUAACAGAAACAUGUUGGUGCGACAGGCAAACCGAAGCUCCUCAUACCCCAAGGACAAUGGACGACGGGAGGAGUUAGUCCACAGAUCGAGACACUCUUCAAGAGAGAAUCGGGGAGGCACCUCUUACCAUAGAGAGUCAAACCACAGGGGUACAUAUCCCAAGGAUAACCGCUUGUCACACGGAGUUCCUUACCGUCGUAAGGAACAAGAAGACCAUCGAUCCUCGUGGAUCAAACGCAAUCAAACAAGACCAGAGGAAAACCGUGAAGGGAUAAUCAAGGAAGGACAUCAGAUCGAGGAAAAAAGGCCAGAACAGAUAAGGAACCCCAAGGAGAAAAGGCACAACCUCUUAAGAGCCACCUUUCCAAAGCGCCACCCAUCGUGA